CAAACCCAACCCAGACAUGGCCGACCACGACCCCCGCGCCGCCGCGGCCUCCUCGUCCGCCGGAGGCGACGAAGACGACGAGGGUACCGACACUGAUGUCUCCGACUCCAACCUCGGCAAUCCCCAGGGCCAGGAUCCUCUACCCUUCCCCGACGCAGCUUGGGUCCCACCCCAUCCUCUCGCUCCCGCCCACGAGCCCGCCGGCGCACUUCCGCCGCCGCUGCCGCAGGGUCCUUCCGCGGGCGCCUCGGCCACGACGGAUGACUCGCGUCGGCUGUUCCAGCGGCUGUGGACGGACGAGGAGGAGCUCCUCAUCCUGCGCGGCUUCCUCGACUUCACGGCGCGCCGGGGCACCACUUUCGCGUCGCACCAGUACGACACGGGCCCCUUCUACGAGGAGAUCCGCCGCCGCCUCUCCUUCGAAUUCACCAAGAGUCAGCUCAUUGAGAAGCUGCGCCGCCUCAAGAAGAAGUACCGCGUCUGCGCCGCGCGCGUCGCGGCGCAGGGCGACGCGUUCGCGUUCCGGAGCGUGCAUGAGGGCGCCAUCUACGACGUCGCGCGGCACAUCUGGCGCCCCGCGUUCAGGCGCGGCGAAGGCGGCGGCGCGGCCGACGCCUCAGACGAGGACGACAUCAACCCCGUGGCCGCCGCUGCGAUGGAGGAUGGCGGCGGCGGGAGCGCGUCCACGCCCGUGCCCACGGCGAGGGGCAGGGGAGGCCGGUGCGUUCGGAGGAGGACCGCGCAAGAGCUGGAGGCCCCCGCAUUGCCAGCCACAUCCGCGCUGCUGCUAAGUGAUGCAGCUGAGGACCGGCAUGUUGUUGCUGUCGAGAAUUUAGCACCGCCGCCUCCUUUGCAAGUGCCAACUGUAUCACUAACGGGGGCGACCCCUUCACCCAUGCCAGUGUGCACUGGUGGCGCCGCCGAGGAGGCUAUCAAGAGUAUCAUGUCACCGUUACUGAAGGAGUUCAUCAACUCUGUCGCUGUCGGUGGGCAGAGUGGAUUCGGAUUGGGGCUUGGCACAGGAUUCGGCGGCAUUGGCGGCUUCGACAUUCUUGGUCUUGGUACAGGGGUUCCUGGCCCAAAUCCUGGAAUGCCCAGUGAUGAUAAGUGGAGGCAGCAGCAGAUUCUGGAGCUUGAGGUUUAUCUAAAGAGGAUUGAGCUUGUGCGCGAACAGGUUACUGCUGCUUUAGAAGACCUCAGGUCAUCAGAAGGCUGAGGGGCGAUCUUCUUCUAUAGUCUUUUCGUUAGAGCCUACCUCGUUACAAACAUUCUAAUUGUAUUUAAUUUAAAAUAGGUGUUUGAACUCGUCAUAAGAUUAGAGGCUGAAAAGAUUGAUUUGUAGAUGGACUCACGAUGAAGGCUGUUAUCUACUUGCUACCUGCUUCAUUGUCGGAC